CCCCGGAGCGGCCCCGCGCGCGCAGCCCGGUGAGAACGGGGCGGCCGCGCUGCUCCCGCGGGGCUGCAGCGGCCCCGCGCCCCGGCCCGGCCCGGCCGUUACCCCGCGCCGUUGGACACGCGGCCCCGGCACCGCGCGGGGCCCGCUAAGGAGCGGUAGGCGGCUGCCGGCGGGUCCCUCGGGAAGGGAGAAGCUGACCCGGAUCCCGCCCCUCGGUCACUCCUCUGCAGGUCGCCCGCCCGCGCCGCACACUUGUCCCCCAUGGCCGCGUGGUCCCGGGAGGCGGUGCUGACUCUGUACCGAGCUCUGCUGCGCCGCGGCCGCGGCCUGCGCUACACCGACCGGGAUUUCUACCUCGCCUCCAUCCGCCGCGAGUUCCGCCGGAACCAGGGGCUGCAGCGGCUGGAGGACAAGGAAAGGCAGCUGGAGAAGGGACAGGCUUUCCUGCAAAGCAGGCUCGGGGGCCUGGUUUAGAGAUUCCCUGUAGCCCCCGCUGGUCCCACUUACCUGCCUCUUCUUUCCAAAAUCCCCUCGCCAGCCAGAAGAGAUGAUUAACACUCACUACCCACCACUUUCUUGAAGAAGUCCUGGAGGUGCUUCCACAGGCACACCAGGAGGGCUCUCCUGUUCUCUUCACAAAUGCAUUAGGUCACAGGUAAGAUGGCAGGCGCUGGGCAGCGCAAAGGGAAGAAGGAUGACAACGGCAUCGGCACCGCCAUCGACUUCGUGCUGGCCAACGCGCGGCUGGUGCUGGGCGUGGGGGGCGCCGCCAUGCUGGGCAUCGCCACGCUGGCCGUCAAGCGGAUGUACGACCGGGCAAUCAGUGCUCCCAGCAGCCCCACUCGCUUGAGCCAGUCAGGAAAGAGAAGCUGGGAAGAGCCAAACUGGCUGGGCUCCUCCUCACGCCUGCUGACCCAGGACAUGAAGACCAGCCUCAGCCGCUCCCUGCAGACCCUUCCCACUGAUCCUUCAGCUGCAGAUGCAGACGUUUUUCGACCCACAAAGCCCAAGCCAUGUGCCAAGAGGAGUCAGGUGGAGCUGAAGAAAUCCCGCCUUCGCCUGUCCUUGCAGGAGAAGCUGUUUGCGUACUACCGGCGGCGGGUGGCGAUCCCGGCGGACGAGCAGGCUCGGGCCAAGCAGGCGGCCGUGGAUAUCUGCACGGAGCUGCGCAGCUUCCUGCGCGCCAAACUGCCCGACAUGCCCCUGCGGGACAUGUACCUCAGCGGCAGCCUCUACGAUGACCUGCAGGUAGUGACAGCUGACCACAUCCAGCUCAUUGUACCUCUCAUGCUGGAGCAGAACCUGUGGUCGUGUAUCCCUGGGGAGGACACUAUCAUGAACAUUCCUGGCUUCUACUUGGUGCGUCGAGAAAACCCAGAGUACUUUCCUCGCGGGAGCAGCUACUGGGACCGCUGUGUGGUGGGAGGUUACCUUUCCCCCAAAACUGUAGCAGACACAUUUGAGAAAGUUGUAGCUGGGUCCAUCAACUGGCCAGCAAUUGGGAGUCUCUUGGACUAUGUGAUCCGUCCAGCAGCUCCCCCAGCAGAUUUGACGCUGGAAGUCCAGUAUGAUGCAGAUCGGCAUCUUUUUAUUGACUUUCUACCAUCCCUGACACUGGGGGACAUUGUCCUCGUUGCCAAACCUCACAGAUUGGCCCAGAAUGACAACUUGUGGCGACUGAGCCUGCGGCCAGCGGAAACGGCUCGCCUCCACGCCCUGGACCAGGCUGAUUCUGGCUGCCGCUGCUUGUGCCUCAAGAUCUUCAAAGCAGUAUGCAAGUUAAACCCAGCUCUGGGACACCUCACUGCCAGCCAGCUCACCAAUGUCAUCCUGCACCUCUCCCAGGAGGAGUCCGACUGGUCCCAGGACAUGCUGGCUGAUCGCUUCUUGCAGGCACUGAAGGGGCUGAUCCGCUACUUGGAGGCAGGGGUCCUCCCUAGUGCCCUGAACCCCAAGGUGAACUUGUUUUCAGAGCUCACCCCCGAAGAAGUGGAUGAGUUGGGCUACACACUCUACAGCUCUCUGUCAGAGCCAGAGGUCUUGCUGCAGACGUAAUGGGGCCUUACCUAGGGAAGUGUUGAUAGGGUUUAGCCAAUGCAGACUUUGAUUACUGCGAAUUAUGUCUCCUCCACUUCUCCCUAUCUCCCCCUCUCUCUCUCUCUCCCUCUCUUCACCACUCCCCACUUUUGGUUCCUUAGUAAUUCCUGCUGUGGAGUUAGUGCUCCCACUGAAUUUUUUGGUGCUACUGGUCCAUUUCCACCAUCUCUGCCCCAACAGGUACCCAUUGGCUAAAACUGCUCUGAGAUCUUCACAUAAAUUCUGUGAGUUUAAGUGUCUACCAAAAAAUAAACCAAACUAUGCACUUCUUUCUUCUGUAGUACACUUAGUGCAGCAAACCCUUUUUGGUUUGAAGAAGGUGGAACUGGGCUGGUAAAUCCAGUGAUGAUUUUAGCAAACUUGCACUGAGGUUGUUUAAUUUCCUCCAGCCUGACUUUGCCCCAUGUUUCUUUCUCUCUGCUGUCCCACACUGUCUCACUUUCCUUUCUUUUAUGUCCUUUUGGCCCAGUCAUGCAGGGCAGACUGAGUGAGAUAUUUUGGAUAGGGUUCUUUUUGUAUUUUUGAGUGGAUAAUGAUUACACUGGCAGUAUUUAGGGCUGUAGAGCUUGAAACUAGAGAAUUCCCACAGCUCCUGCUCCCACAGAGCUUUCUCAUCCUUUGCAAGCUGGGUUCAGGAUUAAGGGCCAAAAUUUGUCCAGUCUGCUUCAGCACAACCUCCUGUAUGGGCAAUUCUUGUUGAAGCUGUCCCAGGGGAGGAAGGAACCUUUGUGGUCUGGCUGUGUGAUGAGACUGAAGGAGCAGAGCUUGCUGUUCCUGCCUAGCCAGAUCUAAUGGGAAUGGCCUCGGGAGUGGAGAACAAGGCAGCUCUUCAGUUGUCUCUGGCCUAGAGGAAGAGAGGGUGAUUAUAGGGAAGGGGUGGGAGCCACCCAUGGGAAUGGGGAUUUUUUUUUUUUCAUCUUUUCCCCAAGACCUUAGGGCUGUUCUGGUUUACUGGAGGUGGAAACAAGACUACAUGCCUCAAAGGGCUUUGGAAUAAGCACACACAAGCCAGAUUCUCACCAGCUCUAAAGGCUGUGAAAGUGACGGAACUGAACUAGUGUCAUCAGCAAGGUUCUGUCCUGUACACUGGUAUUAGGAUACAUGUACAAAGCUGGCAUUUAGGGAUAUAUUAGCUUUGCCAUCUGCUCUGUGUGCUUUGGUCUCCUCCUCAGAACUGAGGCUGUCCAUCCAUUUCCUCAUUCCCAUGUGCUGACUUUCCAGUGCUCCCAUUUUACAAAUAUUCUUAAAAAGCUGGUGAGGGCACACCUUCCCGUGUGUUUGGACCUGUUGGCACUGCAGUUCUGCCCAUUCCUUCUGUGGCUGCUCUCAGGCUAUGGACGCUGCAUUAAGCCACCUGCUGUCUUCAAAAAGUGGGAGAGGUGUCCCCCAAGUCUGGAGCUCUGUGUGUAUCUCAAAAGACCAGCUUAACUAUUGUUUCAGACACAUAAUUGCCUUUUCCCUGCUUUAGCAACUUUUUUCAUCCUUGCUGUCCAGCCUCCUUAGCCAGUGGAGAGGAGUACUACAGCAGCAGAGUAUGGAGGGAGUAGGAAUCCUUUUCUGCUCCCUUCCUCUCAGGACUUCCCCCAUCUUUGACAGAGAAGUUUCAAGGUGAAUUUUAGGAGUGGAACCACGGAGGGAAGUCUUUCACACUGGGUUCUUUUUAGAGGCAGUGCUGGUGAGGUGAGGGAGGGAGCAUCUUUCUCGGACAAUCCGUCCAUUUUAACCAAUGUGUCAGAUAGCAUUCUGUAUACAGUGAUAAUGCAACAUUGCAUUUUAAAUUAUUUAAUCCUUAGGGUACUGGUAUUUUCUAGACUGCCAGAUGUGUACUUUGAAGUCUGUGUGUGUAUAUAAAAGUCUAUAGUCUAUCAAAGUUAACAGGAAUCCCGUUUGUAUGACUUUGUGUUUUGUAAGUUCUGCAGCAGUCAGUGUUGGUCAACUGUUGAUUGCUCUUCACUCUGGUUCCCAGAUUUUUUUUCCCUCUUCCUUCCCUUGCCCCCCACUGCCUUUCUGAUGUCAGCCUUCCUACCCUAAAAACAGACAGAUGAGACUCGGAGCCUACAGACUCUUGGGGGGAAUUCCCCUUGUUUUUAAUUACUUGAAGGUCAACAAAAAUAUUAAAAUAUCUGGGUUGUCAGGAGUUCUCCCAAAGCUCAUUUCUUCAGUGUGAUGUCACCCCUCACUUGGUGCUGACUCCAGUACUGUGGUCUUCACAUUUUAACAGCAGUGUGGUUGGAAAUUAUUAAAACUCUAGAUUAAAAAAAAAAAAAAAAAGAAAAAGUGAGAUAUAACUUGAGAACCGUUGUCACAUACAUAUCUGUAUAUAUAAUUUUUUACAUGAAUGCUUUUACUUCUUCCUGGCAACCUAAUGAAUUAAUAUUUUAUGGCCAUUUUUUGCUGCUAUUGAGCUCAGUUUGUGUAUCAAAUGGAGACUGAAGCUGCCUUUUUGCCUUUUCUGUAGACUCUGCUCCACUUCACUUGCAUCAACCAUCACCAUCAUUUCUUCCCUUCAGUUUUGCCCUCCUCUGAGCUAGCCAUGAGCCUGUUCUCAGGAGGCAAAUAUCAUUUCCUACAGGCAGUCACCACAGCAGGCAAUAGCUGCCCUGGCAGUGGCAGUCUUGACAAAGGCCAAAGAUGUGAUGGGUCACAGGGACACUGCAACAAGGAAUAAUUUGAGAGCAGGGUCAGGUAUAAGGGGCAAUAGAAGCAGGGAAGAAGGUGUAGGGUAAGUAUGCAGGAAACUUCCAGUAAUGCUGCACCCAGCCUGUGGGUCAAACAGAACGUUGCAGAGUCUUUCGAAGUGGCACCUUUCAGUAUUAAAUGCAGUACAUGUGUUGAUGUACAGCCUGGAGGGCUGUCUUACCUACAGGUAGGCUACUUCCUGGUCAAACCUGAAGCACAGAGCAGAAGAACCUAAAGCUGAAUGUGAAAAGGGCAGCUCCUGGCCACCUUCUUGGCAGAGCAGCUCAGAGACAGAUUGAUUGUAAGGGGCCCAGGGCACGCAUUGGGCUGGUGGCUGCCUCAGCUCCAAGAAUGUCUCCGUGUGUUCUGCUGUAGCUUAGCUCACACAAGCUUCCCAUAAGAUUGUCGUCUUACUCCCUGUAACCACAGGGUGAGGACCAACUUGCUCAGCUGUGGGUUUCACUGCUGCUGAGCUCCACUGCUAAUCUUUCAAGUCAGAUGGAUUUCUUUUCCCAUGUUUAAAGGCAAUUAUGGAAACAAGAGGCUGCUUUCUGCCCCCGGCAAGGUGCCAUUAGGGCCCUCAUUCUUAGCAUGUGGGCACACAGUGAGAAGUGAAGAGAUGAUGCCUCAUCUCUCUCAGGCCUGGAGGCUGUGGAUUUGCAAAGGGGAAAGUCCAAGUGCAUGAUCUGUGACAGAGUGUGUGGAAUUCUGAAAUAAAAUUACUUUCCACAGUAA